GAGGGGAGGGAGGGAGGGGGAGCGGUGUGAGGGAGUGGGGGGUUGUGGGUAAUGGCCGAGAGCGAGAGGCGGUCGAAGCGGCGCAAACGGGAGGAGAAGGAGCCCGACGGGGAGCGGGAGAGGGACCGGGACCGGGACCGGUACAAGAAGAAGAAGAAGCGGCUGCACCAGGAAGUGAAGAAAAUCAAACAUGUGGAGACGUUUUACGAGAAGCCACCUCCAGGCAUGGUAAAGGAAGAUGAUGAUAAGCCUGAAGACUGUAUCCCAGAUUUGCCAGGCAAUGAAGGAGCAAGAGACUUCCUGGCACACGCUCCUACCAAAGGACUUUGGAUGCCACUGGGGAGAGAAGUGAAAGUCAUGCAGUGCUGGAGAUGCAAACAUUUUGGACACAGAACUGGAGAUAGAGAAUGUCCAUUCUUCAUCAGUGGAAAUCAAAAGUUAGAGCAUUUCAGAGUAGCACAUGAGGAUCCCAUGUAUGACGUCAUCAGAGAAAACAAGCGCCAUGAAAAGGAAACCAGGAUCCAACAGCUAAAGCAGUUACUGGAGGAUCCCACAUCGGACAGUGGGAGUUCCAGCUCCUUGGAGUCUGACGACAGACACAAAAAGAAGAAAAAGAAAAAAGAGAAGAGAAAGAAAGAGAAAAAGAAGAAAAAAAGGAAACACAAAACACGCAAAUCAAAUGACAGCUCAGAUUGAGGUGAAAGGCAAGAAUCAUAAAAGAACUGUCAUGAACUGUAGCUGAGGCGAAAAGUGAGUGCUUUAUUGGGAACAGAGGAACAGGAGUAGGACAUUCAGCCCCUCGAGCCUGUUCCACCAUUCUAUA